AUGCAGGAACAACAACAAGCUGAUGAAAUGCGACAAUUUGACUUGAAUCAGGCAGCUGAAUUGAAACAACAGAUGAUUUAUGAUAGAUUUUUAGAUGAUAUGUACAAGCUAGAGAAAGAUGGUUACUUAACCGAUACAAAAAAUCCAUGGUCAUUUGCCAAUGCCCGUUACCGUGCUGCACAUAGACAGUGGGAUAUUACACGUAAGGCAGAUGCUUUACAAUUUCUCAAAGAACACGAAUUAAUUGGAAAAGCAAAAAUUAUUGACAAACGCACGACCAAGGCAGUUGUUGAUGUAAUUCUUUUAGCUGGAUUAAACUUCGAUAAUAUACAGUUAACAAGUGCAACUGGUGCAUUGAAUCAGUUGAAUUUCGAUAAUGUAGUAUUUGAUCGAGUACCACUGACUCUCAAUUUUCCAUUGAUUAAAUCAUUUCACUUUAAAGAAAUAAUAAAAACAACAAUACAUUGGAUAUAUUCUCUACCGAUUGAGAAUAAUUGCAAACUGUAA